ACGAUUCCAGGGGGGGGGGGGGAGACUGCAAAAAAGGAUGAUAACUGAUAAAUGGCUAAACUUGUUAACUGUUCUUAGCUACACUUAGAAAUGGAUUUUAGUGUAAACGAACCGGGGAGAUUUCAGUGAGGUUACAAUUACAAUGUUAAAAUUCCCUUCCAGUGGGCUGGCAUGGAAGUUUGCACGCGCAAUAAAGAUCAGUCAACCCUCCCCUCCCUUCCUCACUUCACCCCUCCUCCCAGAUGGAGACAUUAUUGCGUUACCAAACUAAUCAUUCAAGCCUGUCAAAUAUACAUGACAAAAGCACGAAUUCUCUUCUUAAUUGAAAAGAUACAUUAAUUUUCGAAGUUCUUCCUGAAGGAAGUUAUUCCAUCACAGUUUCACUUUCACAAGAUUGUGUCUUUUUAUGAACGUUAGUGCUGACCUUCGGAUUCUGUGGCUUAUAGCUGGCUUCCUUAGCUUCAGUGUCAAGUUUCCGUCUCAGCACUGAGGUCUGGAACCGAAGAAUUUGUUCGCGUGAUAAACAUCGGUCUUGCACGGUGGGUUGCUGUGAUUGCAUAAGGUGAAAGCUAAGCCAAAUCUACUCCUAAGAUAGAAGGAUUUUAAUGAUGGCUACGUGGAAAUACGAAGGACAAAGUGCGAUUAUCUUGAUGACUUUCAUGGUACGGACACUCUUCAUUAUCAAUGGAGAUGGGGCAGAGAGCUCAACAGUCGUGGCCAGCUCGUCUCCAUUAAGCAGCUUAGUUGAAUCAGUGGAGACCUCUGUGCCUGUAUCUGCUUCAAUAAAAAGCCGACCCAUUUCUUCUCUAGCCCAAAGUUCAGCGGUAAUUGAAACUCAGGUUUCAUCACGUGCAUCUUCUAGUACACCUGUAAUUCAAACUUCUUCUCAGGCUGUUACAAUUGUAGUCACGAAUUCGUCUCCUCAAACGUCAAUCACAACUUCAUCCACCUCCCCUGUCUCAGUAACAGUCACACCUUUGACUCAGAACCAUACAACAACCGUAGCCGCGGUUCCCUCUCCUCAAACGUCAAUUACAACUUCGUCCACCUCCCCUGUCUCAGUAACAGUCAAACCUUCGACUCAGGACCAUAUAACAACCGUAGCCGCGGUCCCCUCUCCUCAAACGUCAAUCACAACUUCGUUCACAUCCUCUGUCUCAGUAACAGUCACACCUUUGACUCAGGAACAUACAACAACCGUAGCCGCGGUCCCCUCUCCUCAAACGUCAAUUACAACUUCGUUCACAUCCUCUGUCUCAGUAACAGUCACACCUUUCACUCAGGAACAUACAACAACCGUAGCCGCGGUUCCCUCUCCUCAAACGUCGAUCACAACUUCGUUCACAUCCUCUGUCUUCAUCAAUGCCACAUCAGCGCCUCAGCAAGAGUCAGUCUACAUCGAGAUGACCUUCAAGAUGUCGUGGGGAAGAUUGUGUUUCUUGCUAACUCUGUUUAAAAAGGCGCUGUCAGAUGACUUGAUUGAAAUGAAAGACUUGGAGUAUGAACGUGUCAACCCGGCAAGAAUUAAGCUUAUGAACAACAAUGCAAAGUGCGAGAACAAGACGUAUUAUAACGACAAAGCCGUUUUAAAGUUCUAUAUUUCCAACAGCACGGAGGAUUUCGACACAUUGGAUAAGGAGAUGACUAUCAAGGCUUUCCAAAUUCUGUACGAUUAUUGGGUGAACAAAAAAAUGAUACUCCUCGAUGAAGUGUUUGAGAGAAAAGUUGAAAAAGUAGAACUAAUAGGAACUGAUCAAGAUGCAUACGUUGAAAAAUACACAGAAGCUCAGCGCAUCGGUAUUGGUAUCGGAGUUGGCCUAGCUGUGGUAGUCCUCAUUUUACUUAUAUUCUACUGUGUGAGAUGUUGCAGAAACGUUAAGAGUGUCGGCCAUUCUACAGAGGAGCCCCGGAUGAUUUUCACCAAUACAGUCGCAAUAAAUAAAGAAGCCACAACAGACGCUGAUGGUGAGAGCGCAGAUACUCCUCGGUCGGACGAUAAGCAGACAGACGAACCAGAGGAAGUGGUCAUACAUAAACAAACUCAGGAUGAAAUGCCGCUUCUGUCUGCAAUCAAGGAUUUUGAGGACGGUCAAAAAGUAGAUCAAACCGAAUCUGAUGGAGAGCCCAAUACUGAAAAAGCGCCGCUGGCCAAACCUGAGCCCGAUAACGAAUCCGAGGGUGAGCCAAUAAAAUCAAUAGAUGAACCAGAACCGAAGCCAAUCAAAUCACCGGAUGAGCCUGCAGGAGAGCCCUCAAAUGAAUACGAGGCUGUUGAUGGCUCGGAAGAUGCUCCUCCAAUCAGUGAACCGCCAGUUACAGAGAAGCCUCCCGAGACAGGAGAAGACACCGUCACUUCGUCUGUGACUAUAGUCAUUACCCCGGAAUCAAGUCCAGCGACAGUUGAAUUCCCUGUCCCAGAACCUGCACCCGAGCCAGCGAAAGAAGAUGAUGACGACAAGCCUGACUUCGGCCAAUCAGACAACAUUGACGUAGGUCCUAACCAGGGGGCCAUUAACAUGGCAUUUGAUGACAAGGAUGAGGCACCAGAUGAAGGAGAAGAAGAAGAAGAUGAGGAGACGAAAUUUUAAAAAUUUUAAUAGAAGCUCACCCUGGAAAUGUUAGGAGGCCAUGAGCCAGUUUCAAAUAGGCUGACGACUUUCUAAAAAUGUAUUUUUACGCAAAUGCUAUUUCUUAGUCACCCUUCGGACGUACAAAGCAGAAGAAAGUGGAGAUGACUUUUACAAAUAUGUCGAAGUGGGACAACGCACCAAAAAUGCAAAUAAUCAAAACUACACUGCCAAAGUAUGAUUUAAAACCUGAAGUUCAUCGAUCAAUUUCAGUAGGGGAUCAAUUUUUCGCGCAUUGUUUAGCAAAACAGAUCAUUUCCAGUUUUUCAUUUGAAUUCACAUAUAACUCACUUUGCAUCUGAGCUCCUGGAAUAUACCUUUUGUACUCAUGAAAUUACUACUUUUAGAGACAGAAACAUUUCUCGCGCAACUUGUCUGAUUUCUUCAGCAGAAGACAUAUAUGUACGAGCACUUCAAACAAUUCUCCUGCACGACAUACGUCCGCUGGGCGCAUGCGCUCAAUAAACUAGCAACUAUUGGAAUGCUUUUUCACUUAUUUUGGACAAAUACGCACAGCUGACUUGCAGGGCUCUUGGACAACGCCAAAGUCAUCUAUGACUGCAGUGCAGCUUGGAAUUCAUGCGACUGCAAAGUCGGAUGAGAACCGGUUAUAUGAAUAUGGAUAAGCAGGGGCCUAAUGGGUAUCCCUCACCUCGGAUCGAGCGGUCCCGGUUCGAGCCCAGGCCGGAGCAAGAGACGCAUGCCACUCUCUCUAAAUGGGUAUACCGGUGAAUAUAAUACCAGGGGUAACCCUGCGAUGGGUUAGCAUCCGGCCGGGAAGGUGAGGGAGGAGUAGAUACACUCCUUAUCAAUUAGAACCACAGGAACGGUGUAAGCCCGGUAUAAGAACCUGUAGAGUUCUCGAAACUGAUGAGUUCUGCUAUCGAGCAGCAGGAUAAAUCCAUAAUAUAUAACGGAGUUAAACCUGGCUUCUUCACUAGAUAGUUAUUUACCUGAUGCCUAACGUCUUCCACCCAGCCGAACAGACCUUGAAGCUGUAAAAUCGAUGUCAUAAAUAUAUUAUGGAGAUUAUAAUAUUGGAAUAUAUAUAAUGCAGUCCUUGCAAACAAGAGUAAACGUAGAAGUGAUAAAAGAAAUGUAGUGGGUAUUGCAUGUAACUAAGCAAGCAGACUCAGUUUUUUGUUUAAUAUUGAGGUACAAUACGAAUGCUAUUUUUUGCAAGUGUUCCUUCUUGAUUACCAGGAUAUAUUCUCUGUAUUUGCAUUUUUUUUUUACAUGAUAUCUUUUUUUCUGUAACGGAAUUAAUAAAUAUCUAUCAAAGAUGGGGAAGAUAUACUCGCUAGCACGCAGCCUUAAAAUGUAGAUAAAUGUCUGUGUGUAAUUAUGUUUCAAUUUUUUAAAUAAACUGAGCAUGAAGCUUUUUCA